AUGGUCAACUUCAGACUCCCCAGCCUGGGCCUGUUGGCCGGCGUGUCGUUGGCCUUUGAGUUCGGGGGCCGCGACUGCACGGGGGUCAACGGGAUUCACCCACGCUGCCGCAACGCCGAUGUCAUCCCUUACACCCGGGACUUCUUUUACGUCGGCGGCCGGGCCCUCGAGACGGCAUCCGGCGAACUGACCGCGGAUAAGCUCUACGUCGAGAAGAUCAGCCCGGUUGUCCCUCUGCGGUCCAAGCCCGUGGUGUUCUUCCACGGCGGAGGGUGCAGCGGCACCACGUGGCUCAACACCCCCGACAACCGCAAAGGCUUCGCAAGCUACUUUGUCGAGCAGGGCUACGUCGUCUACAUCGUCGACGCUGCCGGCAACGGCCGGAGCACGAACAUGGACCUCGAGGGCUUCCCCCUGUCCGCCGGGUCCUCGUCGACUCUGGUCGAGAUGGGCUUUUCCGCACCGGGCGCCUACAACGCAUACCCGCAGUCCCGGCUGCACACCCAGUUCCCGGGCACGGGCAGGGCGGGCGACGCGGCGUUCGAGAACUUCAAGAACUCCAUGGUGCCCUACACGACCAACAACAUCACCUACGAGAACGCCAUGCGGGCGGGCGGCUGCAGGCUGCUCGAGCUUGUCGGCAAGUCGUACGUCGUCGGCCACUCGGCCGGUGGCUCGGCCGGCAUCCUCCUCUCCAACGACUGCCCGGAUCUUCUGGCCGCCAACAUCAACCUCGAGUCGUCCACCAUCCCGUUCUUCUGGUACACCUACGGCACGGCCGGCUUCUUCAACAACGGCUGGGGCCUCGCGAACACGCCCCUCAACUACACCCCGCCCAUCUCGGAGGCGUCGGAGCUGAAGAUCGUCGAGGUCGGCAACUCCACCGUGGCGAGGAGGAGCUGCUACCGCCAGGCCGAGCCCGCGCGCAAGCUGCCGAACAUCGCCAGUGUGCCGUACCUCAUGGUGACGGGAGAGGCGAGCGUCCACAUCACGUUUGACCACUGCAUCGUCGACUACCUCGAGCAGGUUGGCGCAAAGCCCGAGUGGAUCAAGCUUGCGGACCGCGGUAUCAAGGGCAACGGCCAUUUUAUGCAUAUCGAGAAGAACAACGGCGACAUCGCAAAGUUGGUGCUGAACUGGAUCCGCCAGAAGGAGGGUUCAAUUUGGUGA